AUGCGAUUAUCUUUCCGCGGGGCCACGGUGGUCACGCUGCGGCCCACCCGUGCACGUUCCCCGCCCGUCCAAUUGUCGCGACAGGUCGGGCGGCGUCGUCUGAUCGUGUACGGUGAGCUCUUCACCAUGGCUGCUAAGUGCACAAUAAGAUUCAUACUACUUAUACUAGGUACACAAGGAACAGUACUGGCAGCACCUCCCAUGGAUGAAAAUCUACCACCAAGACCUAAAGGAGGUGGAGUGGAAACUCGUUACUGUGAAUUUUUUAAUGACUCUUCAGUAUGUGAUGAAACAAAUAAUCCUAAUUGCCUGCCUGCAGAUAUGAAAAGGGAGAAAUGCCAAGGAAUUGAGUCUGAUAAGAGCUUAGAGGCGGGAAUGCUGUUACAAACGGAGUCUCCUCCAGAAAGGAUUCCUGCAUCACCUUCUCCAAAUGCUGAUGAUGAUACUAAUGCUGUUAUUGCAUACACCCUAACACCUUUGUUCAUAAUAUUUGCAGUCUUAGUGGGUUGUUACCUUCUCUAUAGAAGACGUAAAGGGAGUUCCUUCGCUGAGUUGGCUAGUGGGGAGGCUUCUUUAUCAAGACCUCCAUCAGCUGGAGCUGGUAUGGAAAAUGAGACAGGUGGAUUACUUAGCCAAGUCACUUUAUGUGAAGUCCGAGCAAGAGGUCGUUUUGGUGCAGUUUGGAGGGCGAAAUUGGGUCCAAAGGAUGUUGCGGUUAAAGUGUUUCCAUUGCAAGAUAAACAAUCUUGGUCAGCUGAACAGGAGAUAUACCGUCUACCUAGGAUGGAUCACCCUGACAUUUUACACUAUAUAGGUGUUGACAAAAAGGGUGAUAACCUGCAAGCUGAAUACUGGCUUAUCACUGCUUACCAUGAGAAGGGUUCAUUAUGUGACUACUUGAAGGCGCAUACACUCACUUGGGCGGACGCUUGGCGUAUAGCCGCUUGCGUAGCACGCGGGCUCGCCCACCUCCAUGAGGAGGGAGGUGGCAAACCGGCCGUGGCCCACCGUGAUUUCAAAUCGAAGAAUGUCCUGUUGAAGGCGGACAUGAGCGCUUGCAUCGCCGACUUUGGCCUGGCCCUGAUAUUCGUAGCUGGCAGAGGAUGCGGCGACGCCCACGGCCAAGUAGGCACCCGCAGAUAUAUGGCGCCGGAGGUCCUGGAUGGCGCCAUCAACUUCACGAAGGACGCCUUCCUGAGAAUCGAUAUGUAUGCGUGUGCUCUUGUCUUGUGGGAGAUAGCUUCCAGAUGUAACGAGGGCGGCGCGGAGCCGUCGGCGCAGUAUCGGCUGCCUCUCGAGGAGGAAGUGGGUUCGCAUCCAGGCCUUGAGGAAAUGCAGGAGGCUGUGGUACAAAGAAAGCUGAGACCGCACAUACCACCGCAGUGGCGAGAGCAUCCGGGUCUGUUCGUACUGUGCGACACUAUGGAGGAGUGUUGGGACCAUGAUGCGGAGGCUCGGCUAUCCGCCUCCUGCGUGCUGGAGCGCGUUGCUGCCCAGCGACCGGCCACUGCAGCGGCCCCCUCCCCCGCACCGCCCCUCUCCCAAGACACCACGCCCCUCCUAAUCCACGAGCUGGCCGAGCAGCAGCCAGUCUGC